AUGGGCAACGAAGAGUCGACCAUGGUGGACGACAAGGCGGCGCCGUCGGUGUUGGAGGCGCGUAGCGUGGAGGGAGUUGCCAAGUACAUCAAAGAGCAUAACGUGAAAAAAGUCGUGUUGAUGGUGGGAGCCGGCAUCAGCACUUCAGCAGGCAUUCCGGAUUUCCGCUCCCCUGACACAGGAAUCUACGCCAAUUUGGCCGCACUGGACCUGCCAUAUCCUGAAGCAGUUUUUGAAAUCGGUUUCUUCCGGGAGAACCCCAAACCUUUCUAUGCGUUGGCGCACGAGCUGUACCCAGGGCGCUAUCGCCCUACCAUCGCGCACUCACUCAUCAAAUUGAUCUACGACAAGGGGAUGCUCUUGAAGCACUUUACCCAGAAUAUCGACUGCCUCGAGCGCCAGGCCGGUGUGCCAGGCAACAAAAUCGUCGAGGCUCAUGGCAGCUUUGCGACACAGCGCUGCAUUGAUUGCAGGGAACCCUUCCCGGACGAUGAGAUGCACAAAAUGGUUUCCGAGUCCGAGGUCCCUCACUGCGUCAAGUGCAAUGGCCUCGUGAAACCCGACAUUGUGUUCUUUGGCGAAGCUCUCCCGUCGGACUUCUUCGAGAACCGCCAUCUGCUCGAAGAGGCGGAUCUCUGCAUUGUCAUGGGGACUAGUCUAUGCGUCCAGCCGUUUGCUAGCCUGCCCCAGGGCAUUCGCCCGGGCGUGCCUCGUGUGCUCAUCAAUAUGGAGCGUGUCGGGGGUCUCGGGUCACGAAAGGACGAUGUUUUGGUCCUUGGUGAUUGUGAUGCUGGUGUCCGCAAAUUCGCCGAGGCCAUGGGAUGGGCAGAGGAACUGGAGGCAGUGUGGGAAGAAACAAACCCCGACCCCAAAGCAAGGGCGGAGGAAGAUGCUCCCCCGUUAACCCGGGAUGAACGCCUGCAGGAGGAAGUGGACCGGCUGACCGAGGAGAUCGAUCGCAGUCUAGCGUUGACAGAUGCAUACCAGAACAAAGUACGCGACAAACUGGAGAUACACGAGGGAGAGGAAGAGGCACACCGCCAGUCUGGUAGCGGUCUCGCCCAUGUUUUCCCUCAUUUGGCGCGUAAGCCGUCACAUUAA